AUGGAAACGGCUCUCAAGUCAUGGGAGCUCGACAACAACAUAAAACUCAUCGACCCGAAGCGAGAUGCUCUCUACCAAUACGAUGCUGAGGCUCAAAAGGCUGCGCAAAAUGCCCGGCCUUGGAUGGCUGACCCAAACUAUUUCAAGCACGUCCGCAUCAGCGCUGUAGCGCUCAUCAAGAUGACCAUGCAUGCCCGCUCCGGUGGCAAUCUCGAGAUCAUGGGUCUGAUGCAGGGCUACACCGAGGGCGACACGUUUGUCGUCACCGACGCAUUUCGACUUCCCGUCGAGGGCACCGAGACCCGCGUCAAUGCCCAGGGCGAAGCGAACGAAUACAUUGUCGAAUACUUGGAUCUUUGCCGUGCUCAGGGUCGACAGGAAAACGUGGUCGGAUGGUAUCAUAGCCAUCCUGGUUACGGUUGUUGGCUGAGUGGGAUUGAUGUCGAGACUGAGGCUAUGCAGCAGCAGUACCAAGACCCGUUCCUGGCCGUUGUCGUGGAUCCGGAUCGCACAAUCAGCGCCGGCAAGGUCGACAUUGGAGCAUUCCGCACCUACCCGGCAUCCUAUAAGGCCGACGCGACUGGGGCGGACGGUUUCCAGGCAGUGCCGCUAGACAAGGCAGCCGAGUUUGGCGCGCACUCGAGCAGAUACUACAGCCUUGAGGUGUCGCACUUCAAAAGCUCACUCGACACACACCUCCUCGAGCUCUUGUGGCACAAGUAUUGGGUGCAGACACUGAGUCAGAACCCGUUGCUGACGAACCGUGACUUUGCAAACAAACAGAUGCUUGACCUCGCAUCUAAGAUCAGGGAGGCCACCGCGGGUAUUCGUCGUAGCCGCGGGUCGCAGAUGUUGGUGAUGGGCGGUGGCGGUGGGGCUGGCAAAGCUGGGGACAAGGCCAUGCAGAAGCUGUCGAGCGAGGCAAGCAUGAUUGCAGCAAAGGAAAAGGCUGGUCUGCUAGCUACAGGCGUCAAGGCGUCUCUUUUCAAUAACCUGGGAGAUCAAAACAGGGCAUGA